CAUUCUCUCUCGCCUGUCAUGGAAUCCAUUUUUUAAGUUUGCUUUACUACUCUCUCUCUCUCUAUGCAUAUAUAUUUAUAUUCUCUUUCAAAAUAACCAACGACUUUCUCUCUCUAGUGUUUGGAAGGUAUAUUUUCAGAGAAACGGGAGUAACAACACCCCAUUCUGAUUGUACACUUGCUACAGCUUACUGAGCAAGUUUCUGUACUUAUCGGAUACGGCAGGGGGGAAACGAAAGGAAAUCAGUUUAAUUUUGUGGCUUCAACGGCUCUCUGGACCUUUCAGCUGUAAUUCAUCGUCGAUUGAAUGUUUCUGGUUGUAAGUUUAUGGUUCCGGGUAGAGGCUGAAUGAUUGCUAGUAUGGACUUAAAUGCCUUCCCGUUACCUGAAGAUGACGAUGAAGAGAUAUACGAAAGACAUAUAGAACCUUACACCGCACCAGAACAUGUAGAAUCUGCAGUUGAAAUUUCGAGGAGGGAGCGUGAGGAAAGACGGAAGAAGUUGAAAAAAGAUGGACCAGAUGACCGGCCAGUGCAUGUUUCUCGGCCUGAAAUACUUGAUCACUUUUAUCAAAAUAGGAAUUCCAAGAUUUAUGAUAAAAGUAGGCUCCCUCCUGGUUGGUUGGGUUGUCCUUCGAUUGGUCAGGAAAUUGGCUGCAUUAUUCCUUCUAAGACUCCACUUGGUGAAUCCUAUAAUGACUGUAUUCCACCUGGUAAAAGAUACUCUUUUAAACAAGUGAUUCAUCAGCAAAGAGUUUUAGGAAGAAAGCUUGGUUUGGUCAUUGAUUUGACAAACACAUCUCGUUACUAUCAAACUACAGACCUGAAGAAAGAAGGCAUUAAGCAUGUAAAGAUUCAAUGCAAGGGAAGAGAUGCUGUACCUGAUAACAUGUCUGUAAAUACUUUUUUUUAUGAGGUGUCACAAUUCCUACUACGUCAGAAAUCAAAGAAAUAUAUCCUUGUCCAUUGCACACAUGGGCAUAAUCGCACUGGAUACAUGAUUGUUCACUAUCUCAUGCGGUCACAAUCAAUGUCUGUUUCUCAGGCAAUAAAAAUAUUUUCUGAGGCACGUCCUCCUGGAAUUUACAAACCUGACUACAUUGAUGCCUUGUAUGCAUUUUAUCAUGAAAAAAGGCCUAAAAUGGUUGAAUGCCCUCCAACUCCUGAAUGGAAGAGGUCUUAUGAUCUUGAUCUCAAUGGUGAAGCAGUCCCAGAUGACGAUGAUGAUGAUGGGAGUCCAACUGCAUUACCUGAGAAUCAUGAAACAGAUGUUGUGUUGACAAAUGAUGACAUUUUGGGAGAUGAAAUACCUCAGGACCAGUUGACCUCACUUCGAUUAUUCUGCUACCAUACAUUGAAGUUAAAUGUAGGGGUUAGAGGAAACACGCAAUUUCCAGGAUCACAUCCAGUUUCACUCAACAGGGACAAUUUACAACUUCUAAGGCAACGGUAUUAUUAUGCCACUUGGAAAGCAGAUGGAACACGAUAUAUGAUGUUGAUAACUGUCGAUGGAUGUUACUUGAUUGAUAGGAGCUUUAAUUUUCGAAGGGUUCAGAUGAGGUUUCCAUGCAGACAACCAGCUGAAGGUAUAGGGGAAGGAACUCAUCGUUUCACAUUGCUCGAUGGGGAAAUGGUAAUUGAUACCCUACCAGACUCUCAAAAGCAAGAGAGAAGAUAUCUCAUCUAUGAUAUGAUGGCAUUUAACCAUACAUCUAUCAUUGAGCGGCCAUUCUGUGAACGAUGGAAAAUGCUGGAGAAAGAAGUGAUUGAGCCUCGUAAUUAUGAACGCCAUAACAUCUACCAAAGCAGGAAUCCUUGUUACCGAUAUGACCUUGAACCUUUCAGGGUGCGGAGGAAGGAUUUCUGGCUGCUCUCGACUGUAAAUAAGGUUUUGAAGGAAUUUAUCCCCAAGCUCUCUCAUGAGGCAGAUGGCCUCAUUUUUCAGGGCUGGGAUGAUCCUUAUGUACCUCGCACUCAUGAAGGUCUUCUCAAGUGGAAAUAUGCUUCGAUGAACUCGGUCGACUUUCUAUUUGAGAUCGAUAGCGACGAUCAUGAACAACUUUUUCUAUUUGAACGUGGGAAAAAGAAGUUGAUGGAGGAAAAUAAAGUGGAAUUCAGAGAUGCUUCAGAUCCCCUUUCUUCAUUCUCCGGGAAGAUUAUCGAGUGUGGUUGGGAUCCUGAUGAGCAUGUGUGGGUCUAUAUGCGGAUCAGGACGGAUAAGUCGACUCCCAAUGAUCUCAAUACUUUCAACAAGGUUAUGCGAAGUAUACAGGAUAACAUCACGGAGGAAAUCUUAUUAAACGAGAUUAACGAGAUCAUUCGGUUGCCCAUGUAUGCCGAUAGAAUAAGGAUGGACAGCAUGGCACGUAUGCAUUCAAAUGCAGCACGACGCAGGUGAUCAAUAGCAUUCUGACUGGUGUGCAGUUGAUUCGAUCGAGGUAUCGGACGCUCAGGCGUGCAGGUGACCAAGUUUCUUUCGGUUGCAACUUAGAGUUGGGUGCAUGCCCGGUCUGUCGAACGCAUCGUGUAAUUAGCCGUCUCUCGUUUUUUUAAACGUUAGUGUUGUAGUGUGUGUUCUCUGCCGGUGAGUUUGUAUGAUCCGGGGUGGUAGGUUAGUCGAAUAGUUCGGCCGCAUUCAUGGCCGAAACUACUUUCUUGUAGUUGUUCAGAUCAGGAGGAUUAGAAUUAGGUUAACCGAUGUAUAUUAGUGUAUCCGUUUCUUUAGUUUCUCUCAUGCACUGAUGAUCUCCGAUUUAUUUUACAAGUAACCAUUUCCCGUG